AUGGAAGUGUCCGACAUCCUGACCGCAUGGGAGGAAUGCUCCAAGAUAGACACGCUCUUCAUUCUGGUCUGUUGUGUUUUCUGCUGGCUAAUUAUCCCCGCAGUCGGCCUCGGUUAUUCGGGUUACUCGAUUCACCGUAAUGGACUUGCAUCUUUUUAUCCAAGUCUACUUGUCAUUGCCGUGUGUUCUAUUCAAUGGUGGAUCAUCGGGUACUCGAUAGCAUACGGAACCGGGGGCGGCAUCAUUGGAGGCUUCGAUAAAGCUUUCCACUUCGGUGUUCUUGCGAACCCGAUAGGCACGAUCCCAGAGAUUCUGUUUUCCGAGUUUCAGCUCAUCUUUUGUGCUACGGUGUGCGUCAUUUCUAUCGGUGGGGCCUGUGAGCGUGGAAGAAUCCUUCCUUUGAUUCCUUUUAUCUUUCUAUGGUGCACCUUUGUUUACGAGCCGCUCGCUCACAUGGUCUGGUCAGAGACCGGAUACCUAGGAUCGCUGGGCGUCCUUGACUUCGCUGGCGGAACACCCGUUCACAUCUGCAGCGGAGCAUCAGCGACAGCAAUAAGCGUUUACCUAUCCCACCCAUUAUUCCGAUCAAGACAAUCCGCUUCUCGCACACCACAGCACUUGAAGCUCCACCGUCCUCACAAUAGCACGUGCCAGCUUCUAGCCCUGAUGAUCAUAUGGAAUGCCUGGCUCGCCUUCGACGCCGGUACAACCCUCGCUCUAAACUUCAAGAGCAUAAUGGCUGCAGUAGUAACCAACAUCUGCGCCUCAUCCGGCGCGCUGACCUGGGCUCUCAUCACGUAUUGGGAAACGGGGAAAUGGAGCCUCGACAGCACAUUCAUGGGUGCUAUUGCGGGUUUGGUUAUGAUCACGCCGAGUGCGGGCUUUAUUGAUUCGCCGACGGCGUUUUUCUUUGGAAUCGCAGGCGCGGUGAUUUGUCGACAAGCGCUUCGGAUUAAAUUUACCAAGUUGGCUGUGCGCUGGCGAUGGGUUGAUAAUGGGGAUACGUUUGCGACGCAUUGCAUCGGUGGGUGGGUAGGUACUAUCGCUACUGGUUUGUUUGCCCGGAGUGAUGUUGCUGCGUAUGACGGGAUUACGGAGAUACGCGGUGGGUGUAUAUUUGAUGGACAUUGGAAUCAACUCGGCAUUCAGAUUCUUGAGGCUCUUGUUGGCUUUGUCUGGAGUUUUGUUGGUAGUUAUGCGCUAUACGCAUUGAUUGAUUGCGUUCCGGGCUUCGAGGUCUUGGCUGCGGAUAGUGAAAUCGUACUUGGGAUGGACGCCUCGCAAAUGGGUGAAUCACUAUACGAAGCGCAAUGGGCUGGCGAGGAAGACUACUACCCGUUCUCGGGCGAGUGUCGACUGGACUAA